AUGAUACUUUCUGUUUCGUCGAGCCUGCUUUGGUCUUCUGGUUUGAUGGUUGUACGUGCUAAAAAUCCGGUACAUUCGUUUCGUUUCCCUCCAGUCUUUCGCGACACUUCUGGUUUACUUCUUUUUGUUAGUCUCGACUUCUCCGCUAUGAUCCCAGUAGUUCAUAUAGGAGCUAUUGCCGUUUCAUUCCUAUUCGUGGUUAUGAUGUUCAAUAUUCAAAUAGCGGAGAUUCACGAAGAAGUCUUGCGCUAUUUUCAGUUAGUGCGUAUUAUUGGACUGAUCCUUUGGUGGGAAAUGUUCUUCAUUUUAGAUAAUGAAACCAUUCCAUUACCAACCCCAAGAAAUACAGCCUCUCUUAAAUAUACGGUUAUUUGCCGGAAAUACGAAGGUUGGACUAAUUUGGAAACAUUAGGCAAUUACUUUUAUACCUACUAUUCCGCUGGUUUUGUUCCUAGUCUGAUUUUAUUAGUAGCCAUGAUUGGGGCUAUAGUAACUGACUAUGCAUGGACUACAAAGGUGAAAAGACAGGAUGUAUCACGAAUGCGUCUUGAUUCUAGGAGGACUAUAAUGAGGAGGACGACAGACCAAAUCGACAUCUCGCCUCACGCCUCCCGGUCGGCCCUGUUUGCGACCAGCGGGGGGGCUCCCGGUGGGAAUGGGAGAGCCUUCGCUAUCGCUCAUGACUUGUAUUGUAGUCUCUGUAGUCGAGUCGGCCUGCCUCCUUCAUUCGUUAAGCCAGUAGCUUCCGCGCUGCCUACAGACGUUAAGCUUCGCUCCCCCCCUACCUUUGAAAACCGCUACUGGCCUGCUAACCAGGAUCGCAAGGUUAACCUGACUAUCAUCCGAAUCUGUAUCUUUCCAGCUCUGCACCUUAUGUAAGAACAAAAGAAGAUUCUAUCCUCUUUAGAAGAUAGGGGAGCAGAGUCUUUUGUCUUUCACUUAUGUUAAGUUAAGCCGCUUUACUGAAUAGCUUGACCUUAAUAGCAAGCCGCCGUCUAUGGCAUCUAGCGUGAACCGGGAGGGCGGAGCAUACGUAAUAAGGAAAAUGCCUGAGGAAGAAUUAGCCCCAGGGUUUGAUAAGGACUGAGCGAGAGGUCGGGACGACCGCGGCCGAGCCAGGAUGGAUGGUAGUAGGAAAGGAGGCAUAG